CCCAAAACUCGUGACCUUGCUGCGCGAGCCACCUCCACUUCACAAAUGAGACCGCUGGCCCAGAUGGCUUCCUCCGUGUUGGCCUCCCCAGCGCCCCUCCCUCCGCCGCUAAGCAGCCGUCAGCCUCGCGCGCGCCCAGCAGUCGCAACCGCCGCCACUCUGGUGCGGCACCGUGUCGGCGCCGCCCCCUCUGGCCCAGCUCCACCCAGUUUCCAUUUCUCGUGGGAGAAUACGGAAGCCAACGGAGCAGCGGAGGCGAGAGAGCUCAGCCGCAAGGGAGGAGAGGCAGCUGAGGCGCCACGUGUACCCAGCCGCUACCUCUUCCUCUUCCCCACCCAAACUCGUGAUACUGCUGUGUGCGCCACCGGCAACAAGACCCCCGGCCUAGAUGGCUUCCUCCAUGUUGGCCUCCCCGGCACCUCGCCCUCCCGCACGCGGCAACCGCCACCCUCGCACGUGCCCAGUAGCUGCCGCCGCCGCUGCAGUGCCGUGUCGUGCUGUCUCGGCGCCGCGGCGUGCUGCCGGGUGGUGGCCGCCCCCGCCGGCCCCUCGCUAGCUGGAUACGUGUUCGACGCCAUUUUGGCGGAUUUUUGUUAUGAAAUAUAAAAAAAAUGGUGUCAAUGUAUGUGCAAGCAUGAAUAUGACCAAGAAUAAUAUGUUGAUAUUCAUCAAAGAGAGUCUUCAAGACCACGGAGCAGUGAUUAUUUAUGUCCACGCAUACUUGACCUAAUCAACCUGAUUACCUAGCAUCCAGUUUGUACAUAGGCAUGCAAAAGAGUUAUGCACGGGCACAUCUCACGUACAAGUUAUGAUUAAGAUGGAGAUCCUAUGCGUGCAUGUGGCUAGCAACGAGCUAGUUGGCUCUGGACUAGCCAUGCAGUCCGAUCAGGCCAGGCCACUACGUGCCAGCCGCGACCGUGUGCAGCUCUAGCUGCUGCACCGCACGCACAAGAGAUAAGUUUCAUCAAAAGAGAUAACGAGCUUAUCAUCUCCAUAAGAAUAGGACCUGCCGAACAACUCUUCCGCGGCGCCCGUGCAGCUCGUUCAUAUCCAUUUCCGUAGGAUCCUCGCCUAUAAAAGGCUGUGCAGAGCACACUGGGGAGGAGCGAAGUUGAAGGGGAGACGCGCCCACGGCGGCAGCGUCGACGUGGCGAAACCGAUUGAAGAGACGCGCCCGUGGCGGCGGCGUUGGGGAGAACCCGGAGGCAAAAGCGAUCAGAUCGUACAUGAUCCCAUGAGAUCUCAAAGGUAGACGCUUCAGCGAGCCAAGGUGCGAGGUCGUGGCAGCACGCCGCCGAACUUCGACAUGAUGAUAUUGCCAUCUUCUUUGACUUACUUCCUGGCGAGGAUGCCGACUGUAUCGGCACGCUACCAUCCUUCUCACCAACCGUCUGCACUAAGUGGAGGUCAUCACCGUAACUGCGACGUCCCGAGCUCUACAUCGACAAGCUCGUCAUCUUCAAGCGAGGCCGCAUGCUAGGCGGCGACACUCAAGUCUACUCCAACUUCUACAUCAACUCUUCAUCCGACGAGGCGAAGCCACUUCACCGACAUGUCUUCUUCCGAUGAAGCUACCCAUAUCUUGCUGGGCACCGACGAGGCGAAGGCAAGUCACCAUGUCUGACACCAACGAGGCGGACACAACCAGGCCGGGCACCGACGAGGCGAAGGCCACCCAUCUGUCUGAGCUGACGAAGCCAGACAUCUUCAUCAUUGGACAUCGACAAGCCGGAGGGAUAUUGCAAGCAUUGUCGGAGCGAGGGAUGUACCGCUCCACCCUUCUAAUCAUCAUCUCCAUCAUCUACACCGACCACUUGGAGAAGACGAGACUUGAAGACGACGACCAUUGCAGCAGCUUAAUCGGAGGUGGUCCGCGACUUCGACUCGCGGACGUAAUUAAUCGGGAGCCUUCCGAGGCCCUGUGAACCAGAACUUCACAAUUGCCCAAGUCAUAUCGGCCGCGCUAGCAGGCCAUGGAGCGCUUAUGUAAAGAGAUCAUGUAAUUUGUUUCUCCUAUUAGAGAUUAAUAAUGUACAAGUUUGCCUA